AUGGCGGCGGCUGGCACAGACCAAGCUCUGGCCAGCGAUAUCGACGUCGCGACAUCACCAAGGAACACAAGCUCUGCGAAACGGGCAGCCACAGGCCAAGCCAUGGAUACUGCCGACAAAGCACUCGAGCCUCGCGUUGAUCCAGAUGCGCAAACAACCGUGACGGACUUCCUCGACUUUACCGAGUACUUGCCCUCGGACGUGAUUCGGUCGCUGACGCUGAUUGGGAAACUCGACGAGGCCUAUACCGAUGCGUCAGUCAAGGUCAACGAAUUGACGACAACAUGGGGACAGCUUCCCAGUCUCGCACCCGAGGACAGGCCGUCGCCGGUCAAGUUGCGAGCAGAUAUAUCAGAGAAGCUCAGCCAGGCAGUGAGCUCGAGAGUCUUUGCGCACGACGAAGCCGUGAGGAUGUCGGAGAAUGUGAAUCGCCACUACAACAGAGCAAAAGUUUUGCUGGCAAAGCUGCGAGAUAUGAUGGAUAAUUACCCUACGGACGAGCCGAAGAGCCCUGUCGCGCCGAGGUCACCGCAAGCCGUUCGAGCCAAACCUGUUGUUGGAGAGGACGGGCAGAGGAUCCGUCAUCAUAGAAUCCCGAAAGUCACGGUCCCAGGCGAGGUGCUGGCGCCUUAUGAAAUCGAAUACGACACCGCCAGCGAUGAUAGUGACAUUAGCACCGACGAGGAUUCUGAUAUCUAUGGAACUGGACGAAGAACCCCUGCCCCGCCACGGAUCAAGCUGAUCUCAAACAAGAUUCACAAGCCAAACAGUCGACUAGCUCGUCCAGUUACAUACUCUUCCGCAGCUAUGACCGCAGCAGCCGCCGCAAACGCGGCAGCUCUUUUAAACCCACCCCCAGACAACGCUGUGAUUGGCAGCAUGGAUGCCCCAUGGCUACAACUUACCAAUUAUGAGCUAGCGAAGCUGCGGAAACGCAUGAAGAAGAACGCAACAUGGACACCUAGCGAGACAAUGGUAGCAAGAGAGCUCAAAGCACUUGGCCGGGGGCCAGACGAGUACCGUGACGCCAAGAAGAAGGCUGAAGACGAAGGUAAAGAGUUCAACCCGAAAGUUCCUACACUUGUCGUGGAUGACGCGUCCGGAGUUCAACAUCUUCCUGCCGGUGCUAUUAGCGCCGACUCGAUAGGGACCGAGGAAGUCCCCACGAGCAAUCGCGGCAUGAAGCUGAACGAGGCCAAGAAACUCAAGCGAGAGGCUCUGGCCAAGCUCGCUGCCGAGGAGGCUGAAGAGUCUGCCAGGAAGAUGACAGGCACAGCCAAGAUGUUUAUUGUGAACGAAAAGAACAAAUCGGACAACACCAGAGAACCAAAGGGAGUGAGCCAGUCACCGGAAAAGUCCAAGGCCAGUUCUUCUCGGCCAAACGGCAAACGCAAGAGAGACGGAGAAUCUGGAGCUGAACCGCUGGAGUCGGCAGAGACUACGCCUCCAAGGCCACAACCUAAACGGAGCAAGAUGGAAACUCCUGUGCCUCCACCCCAACAUCCUGGUAUGAACCAGAAUAACGCGCCGCCCGCGGACUCUACCAACAAUAAUAAUCAUAAUAAUAACAACACCUCUAGCAAUAAGAACAGCAACAACACGGUCCAGACAAUGACGCCAGGCACCCUUCCGCAGCCGGAAACUCCUGUCCCUAUACCGGUUCCUCCACAAAGCUCUGCUCGUUCAGCAUUAUCACCGACACCAAACUCAACAAGCAGCAACAACGUCACAACCACCACCACCAUACCAGUGAAGCCGCCCGCAGAGACCCCCGUCCCCUUACCACGAACGGACCGCCGAAAGUCCAUCACACCAGUCGCUCUUCCAUCCCGCGAUCCAGUUAAGAGAGAAACCCGCGGAGACGCCGCAAAGCGUACACAGCUCGCCUCAUCCCCCGACAACACGUCUCUGCGUCCCCCUUCUCGUGGCCAAACUCCCACAGGUCGCCCCGGAUCCCGAGGCAAGGCAGCCAGCCAAGAGCCACCGUCCCUCGCGGCAGAUAGACCCCGUCGCACCAGCACAGCUCGAAAUACGCCCGCCCCGGAACUCAAGCAGCCCGCCAAACGGACUAAGCGCCCCGCCCCCGGAGUUGUUAGCACCACCAACAGCGGCGGGAGCAGCGCCGUCGGGAAGCGCAAGGCCGCGCCGAAGAAGAAGGCUCGCGCGACCAAGAAGGAGAAGGGACAGGUGCUGGAAACGGAAAUGGAGGAGGUUGAUGAUGAGGGGAACCCUAUCGACCCUGAUGAACCACGGUAUUGCAAGAAUAAGAAACAUGCUAAAGAAAGUGGUGGAAUAUCUGCGGCGGUGACGAAGCAGGCUGCUGCCAGGCUCUCAAGCAAUCACAGCAACAACCUUCACGACGGCGGCAGCGCCGCUUCCAACAAAAGUACGCCGUCCGAAGCUUCGUCUCCUCCUGCCAACACCCCAGAAAUCAAGCCUUCAACUUCCGACAAUGGAAAACCUCUUGCUGCGUCACCGAUGCUCGACGCCUUGUCUACGACAUCAGUUUCCCCAAACACUGCUCCUAGCAUGACAACUGAGUGGGCCAAGACCAUCAUGGCUGGCUCUCCUGGCAACUUGAUUAACCUCACCAGCGAAUCACCGCCAACGCAACCUUCUUCCUAUGAAGACGCUGCCAGGUUGCAUAAUGGAUGGGCUGCUGCUCAGCGUCCAUUUAUGAGUCCAUCUCCGGCGUCGCUUUCCCCGCCGAAUCACAGUCGGCGACCUCUAAGUUUUCAGUCGGAUACGCAGUAUCACCUUGCUGGCACUCCGCCCAGAUCGACAAGUGCCGCGUAUCGACGAAGUUCGCUGUAUUCACAAUACCACCCUUCUCACACUGCAAGCCCUCAACCGCCUCUGCCGCAUCAGCCCCAAUCGCAUUUUUACGGUGCCCAGGACUUAAACCUGGCCAUUACUUCCCAAUCCGGCAUGAAAGCUGGGGAGAAUGGAUUAUUCUUCGGGUUUGACAAACUGCCAACCGAGCAUGGGUCAUCAACUGUGGCACAAAAAGUAGUCUUGGCGGGCUACGAGGGGGGAUUGCAGGUGUAUUCUGUGAACAAGAGGGGAGUUGAGCUCACAGCCAGCUUGAAAGGCUUGCGUGGCGGAGUGCACUACGCCAAAAUCCUUCCAUGGACUGUCACUGGCCAAACCUCUUCUAUUUUCCCUCUUGUGGCAGUGGUAGUACACGGGCCUGUGCUUCCUUCACGGCAAACUGAUGCGGGAAGUGGUCAACAAGAGAGUGCACCCCGUGCAACACCAGAUGGCAGUGCCAGUCCUCGUCAAGGGUACGCUCCCUCAGAGGGUCUUUCAACAAGAACAGCGCCACCGAUUCAGUUCUACCAAACUGCAGUCGAAGUAUACUCUCUCAAGACGAACAAACUUGUCGAUAUCCUUCUCCAAGCGCCCAGAGUCCAGAUCAACAUGGAAGUUUCUCUGUCGAGUCCGCUAUUUCAACCUCCCUCUCCCACCGGAGCGCUCACUAUAAAGGCGGAUGAAGGCACCAUUGCCGUGUGCUCCGGGGUUACAGGCGAAUGCUGGAUAUAUAGGCAGCUGCUCGAGUUACAAAACGAGCACAUGUUUGCUUGUGCUGGAAAGAUAUGGACUACGAUUCAACAGAGCUAUCGUGCAGAAGUAGCGGAAGAGACGGAUAAGAAAGGUCCUUCCGCUUCUCCUUCACUUCGACCUAGUCCACAGACGCCAAUUUUUACAUUGAAUGGGCGAUUGAUUGCCUACUGCCCUUCGAACCCUUCAACGCAGGCGGCUCUCAGAGCACAUCUGCCGGUUCCUACGCUUGGUCGUGCCCCAGGUGUUUCAUCAAUGGCACCACCCCAUCUACCAAUGGUCUCCGCGGCUCUGGAUCUGCCAAUCUCCGACAGCAUGAUGAACAAAUUCAUGCGAGAAACCACACAAGAGUUGAUUUCAGGGAUGAAAUGGGUCGGCCAGCAGGGCUUGCAGGCUUGGAAUUCGUAUUGGAACCAGCCACCAAACUCUCAGCAACAACAUUCUAGGUCGCCUCCAGCUCAAUGGACCGGUUCACGACCACCGCCAGUAGAUACAUCACAGUUUCCUCCUACUCACGGAGCUUCGGCCCCGGCUACGGCGAAGGACCCGGGACUUGUGUCUAUUGUGGAUGUCGAAAAGCUUCCGGUCUCUGCAACAGUGCAUCCGCUUAUCACGUUUGCGACUCCGCUUGGAUGCAGCUUCGUCUCCUUCUCGCCAUCGUCACUGGCGCUGUUCACUGCGAGCGCCAAAGGCGACGUUCAAACUGUCUGGGACCUCUUACGUGUUCAACACACAAACUCGUCACCGUUACAGACAACUUUGGCUCAGAAUGAAACCAUUGGUCCACAGGUUCGACAAAUUGCACAGUUUUCCCGAAUGACGGUCGCUAGAAUUGUCGAGGUUGCGUGGUCUGAACCUCACGGGGAUCGAUUGGCUAUGGUCACCGAGAGAGGUACAAUCCACUUAUUGGAUAUGCCAUUCAGCUCGUUUAUGUGGCCUCCUCCGAGACGCCGUAAGGUGGCCCAAAAAGGCGGCCCUGAAGCUUCCGAGGGCUCGAGCUCAGCCGUCUCGAUCGCGUCCGGUGCUAUUGGGGCGGCGUAUCAAGUAGCCAAGCCCUUUGUCUCUCGUUCACGCCGUGGAAGCAGUAACACUGUGUCUCCGUCUGGGGCGAACACACUCAGAGACUCGGCUGCCCAGGGCGGGCGGGUAAUUGCGGCGAGCAUUACACACUCACUGGGGAAGACUGGAACAGCUAUCAACCAACUUCGUCACACUGGAGAGAAUCGAGUUUCCUUGCCACCUAGUGUGAGUCUGCCUUCAGCAGCCUGUGUAUCGUGGUUGAGAAGCCGACGAUCCCGGUCACUCUACUCGAUUGGAGGUGGCUUGAUUCGGGUGUUCCCAUGCAGCUCAAGGAUAUCGUCCUCGGUUCCAGGGAAAAGAGUCUCUAGAGCAAACAAGUAUAAGGAUAUAAAGGUCCCACUGCUCCCGCAUGACAUAGUUGCACCAAUCGUUCGUCAGAUUGUUGAGCUUGGGGCCGCAGACGAGUACCUUGAACUCUCAGAGGCAGAAAUGGACGCAGGAAACACAAUGACUCUCAAACCUCCCCGAGCUUCAGCUGCUCCUCACCACGGUAUGGAUGCGACGAUUCCUCAGGCAGAGAUAGAGUCAAGUGCUCCAUAUCAGCCAUUCCAUACCGAUCGUCGGGUUGUCCUUUGCGAGUAUGGUCGCGUGGAUUCUGCCUCUGUUCUUCUGGCUAACACCAGCUUGGAUGACAAGCCGGGCAAGAAGAAGAAGAAUAAGCAUAAUUCGGACGCCUCUAACGGGACCUUGGCCGGAGCAUGGGCCUUUGGUCAAGAGAUCCCAUGUGUCAAGAUUGACUUGGGGUUGCCGGCGACAGCUGACGACGAUUACAUCGGACCUGAUGACCACAUGGCGCUGCCUCAGUCGGCAAUGGAGCGUGUGAUGCAGUACGAGGGCACCGAAUCUAUUGUGGUGACGACAAGACGUCGACGAGGUGCUCGCCAAGGUGAUGUGGAUGAGGACGGGUUCUUUGAGGACGACUGCGAAGUUCUCGACUUUGCGGACCAGCGCGUGUAG